UCUCGCCACAGAGUGUCUUUGGUUAGCACGUGUGCCUAGAAUUUUCAGCCGUUUUAAGUGUUUUGGUGAACUUUUGUGACUUAGUUUUGUGUUUGUGUGUUGUCCUUGUGUUUGUCUCCAGUGGUGUACUGUUAUUUCGGUAACUUACUAGUUGUUUAUAAGCAUAAUGGAUCAAAAUAAACCUCCCGAUCCCGAUCCUCCAGACAUCUCUGCAUAUGCUCCUCUUUCCCCCAACUAUCCGCUAUCCCAACUCGCUGAUGUUGCUUGCAGCAUCGCGGACUCCCAGACCCCAUCAACCUCGUAUACCAGGAAACGCUCCGGAGAUGAUGCUAACAUUAGCGUGUCAACCCCGCCAUCCAAACAACAAAGGAACCUAGUUGGCCGCAGCAGGCUACUAAGUGAACUGCGUCCAUCUCUCCAAAGACGACGGCCUUACGGACUUUCUGUGGAGUCCCAAAUACUGACGGCACUCCGAUUUUACGCAUGUGGGUGCUACCAACAACCUGUUGGCUUGCAGUGGGGUUGUAGCAUGAGCCAAAAUCUGUUAGCCGAGUCAUCCGGGCUGUAACUUCGGCAAUAAAUGAAAACUUUUAA